AUGAAAGUUGGAGAGUACUACUACCUGGUGUCGACCAAGUGGUUCAAGGACUGGCAGCAAUGGGUAUUUACUAGUAGAGAAAAAUCAGUGACUUCUUGAUAAAUAUAGUUUUGCGCGGUUUCAAUUCUUAUUCUUUCCCCGUGGUACUGUGGUUUUAUUUCAUCUGCAGUCGUGUUUCGAGCUGAAAUAAUUCAACUCAAAUCGUUUGCAUCAUGCGAUGGCACAGCAGAUCUUCAAACAAUUUUUAUCCAUUGCUGACACCAAUUUAUUGCUAAUACCUAUAGUAUACAUCAAAACAACCUACGAUAUUAACAAAAAACAGGUAAGCGACCUGGCGGCCCAGUCUCCGAAGCGGGAGACAGCGGACCCCAACGCAAUGGAUGCGUCCUCCUGCGCCUCCCCACGUGUCUGGACCAAAGAUCGCCCGGGGCCUGUCGCAAACUGCGAGCUCCUGGACAUACCGCUGGAAAUUGGAGAUGGCAGCUGCGGAGGUCGAGGUGCUCAAGCUGCAACUGGUAAAAUAAAUGCGAACGGUGUUCUUGAGGCAUCGCAACUGGACCGCGACCACAUGGAUAUGUCGGCUUCUCCGCGCCAUGAUCAUCAAAAUCAACAGCCUCCGUGUCGCUCACGUGAUCCAUUGCGAUUCAUUAGUCCUGAGCUCGCGGGUGUUGCAAAUUGCCACUUUAUUGAGGUCCCCGCUACGCAAACCAGAUCGGGAAAAUCAACACCCAGAGAGGAUAAUCAUCGGCCUGGUGAAGUAGAUGGUAAUUGCGCGAUGAAAGACCAACAAGAAACCAACGUCGCCAACUAUUACACCUGCGCGACUCCACCAACCCCCGCGGCAGGAGAUGAUGCGCAAAGCAGAAACCAAGACCAUGACAAAACUCCGGUGAUGGACCGAAAGCACAUGAUGGUGAACACGAGCGGUAGUUCUUGUGAUAACGAUGUGCACAUGGGCGGUUGCACGCCUUCCCCGCCGCGCGAACUCCCGGCACUGUAUGACACCGACAUGAACGAGCAGUCGACUUCGCCACCCGGUAUUCUCGCCAAGGCCGGCGAC